AUGUCUGAAGAAGUGACCUAUGCAACUCUCAAAUUUUCAAAUCCUAAGACAAAGGAAUCCCAGGAAAGCCACAGUCUCAAGAGAACAGAUAGCCAUGAAACUCCUGACUUGGAGCUGGGCGGUGAAGCUGAAACUGGAGCAGGGAGCGUCAUGGGCAUAGCUGAGGCGACUGAGAGCAGAACUGUGAGAGGACACAGUGCCCCAUCAAAAGUGUGGUGCCCUAUUGCUUUUGUUUCACUGUUGUUGAACCUGGUGGUGCUGGCUGGACUGGGAGCCCUGGGCUUAAUGUAUUACUACAAGCUCAUUUUUAACAGCAAGACAGUUUACGAUGUACAACUGAAUGUAACAGAACACGUGGGAACAACCGCAUUACCUACAGAUAUGCCUACAACUGUCCCAGACCUUCCUCAUUCAGACCCAGGACUUCACUUAUGUCCAGAGAUAUGGAUACAGCAUGAAAGUAACUGCUAUAACUUCUCCAUCAAAAUAAUUUGUAAUAUGUGCAACAGCGACUGUGAGAAGAAUCACUCCUUCCUGAUGAAUACGGAUGAUGGGGAAAAUAGGAAUAGAACUAAGAUGUUCAUUAGAUGUUGUCCAUCAUAUAUCUUCCAGACGAUUCUGAAUUUUGUUCCCAACAACACAAAUCAGACAGCAAGGAAUGUUUCAGAUAUUUCCAAUCUGACUCGUUUGGUACCUCCAUAA